CCGAGAUUAUCGGGUUUGGGGGGGCCCCGGUUUUUGGGGGAGCUCAGUGCUCGUUGUUCGUCCUCAGUGCGGGACAACAGCACCAUGUCAGCCCUGCUGCGCUGCCCCGUCCUGGCCCGGCACCCGGGGCUGCUGCGAGCCCUGGCCACGGCCCCCGCCCGCCCCCACCCAGGUGACCCCCCCGAGGGGUCCCACUGCCCCUUCAUCGCUCUGGAGGGGGAGGAGCCCCCCUUUGUCCAGCGCGCGGCCCCCGAGCUGCAGGAGGACGUGACACCCCCCGAGCCGGAGCCCCUGGAUUGGCUGCUGGAUUUGGGGGACGCCCUCGAGGACCCCCCCGAGCGGCGGCUGGAGGAGAAUCUGCCCGAGGACGCCUUCCCGUACGAGGCGGUUUUUGGGGGGCGCCUGGCGGGGCUGCGCCGCUCCCACACCUACCGAGAGUUCACGGCCGUGGGGCGCCGGGCCCAGCACCCCCCGACCGCCUUUGUGGGGUCCCCCCCGCGCCUGAUCCAGCUCUGGUGCUCCAACGAUUACCUGGGCAUGAGCCGCCACCCCGAGGUGCUGCGGGCGGCCAGGGCGGCGCUGGCGGCUCACGGGCUCGGCGCGGGCGGCACCCGGAACAUCGCGGGCACGGCCCCGCUGCACGGGGCGCUGGAGCGGGCGCUGGCCCGGCUGCACCGACAGCCCCGCGCCUGCCUCUUCUCCUCCUGCUUCGCCGCCAACGACACCGCGCUCGCCACGCUGGCCCGGCUGCUGCCAGGCUGCCACAUCUUCUCGGACGCGGGGAACCACGCCUCGAUGGUGCAGGGGAUCCUGCGCAGCGGGGCCCCCAAACACAUCUUCCGCCACAACGACCCCCAGCACCUGGACGAGCUUUUGGGGCGCAGCCCCCCCGGCAUCCCCAAAAUCGUCGCCUUCGAGUCCGUCCACUCCAUGGAUGGCUCCAUCGCCCCCCUGGCCGAGCUCUGCGAUGUCGCCCACGCCCACGGCGCUCUGACCUUCGUGGAUGAGGUUCACGCCGUGGGGCUCUACGGGCCCCGGGGCGGCGGCAUCGCCGAGCGCGACGGCGUCACCGGCAAGGUGGACGUGGUGUCGGGGACCCUCGGGAAGGCUGUGGGUGCCGUGGGGGGCUACAUCGCGGGGGGCGCCGCUCUGGUGGACGCCGUUCGCUCCUUCGGGCCCGGGUUCAUUUUCACCACGGCGCUGCCGCCCCCCGUGGUCGGGGGGGCCCUGGCGGCCCUGCGAGUUUUGGGGGGUCCCGAGGGGGCCGCCCUGCGCCGCACGCACCAGCGCCACGCCAAACACCUGCGGGUGCUGCUGCGGGACCGCGGCGUCCCCGCACUGCCCGCGCCCAUCGCGGCGCAGGUCGGGGACGCUCUGGCCGCCACGAGGCUGAGCCGGGCGCUGCUGGAGCGGGGGCUCUACGUGCAGGCCAUCAACCCCCCCACCGUGCCCCGGGGGGGGGAACUGCUGCGCAUCGCGCCCACCCCCCACCACAGCCCCCCCAUGAUGGAACACCUGGCAGACCAGCUGUCCGAGUGUUGGGGGGCGCUGGGGCUGCCCCGGGACUCCCCCCUGGGCCCCUCCUGCGCCUCCUGCCAGCGGCCGCUGCACUUCUCGCUGAUGAGCUCUGCCCAGUCCUGCGGGGCCUUUCCCAGCGCCACCAGUGCCCGGUGA